UUGGCAAACACUGGUCCCCUUCCCUACCCUGACCCCCUUGGGGACUUAAAAAAAUAAAUUUAUUUUGUUAUUCAACCAAUUGUGCUAACUUAUGUGUGCAGCAUGCCUCCAGCAAGUCUUAGGCCUGCCUGUUUGUUGGGUGUGGGGCUUAAGGGAUGACACCAAUCCCAUCCAUGGCACAGCAUGAUGGGAGGCCUUGGCCCAGAGAACUAGAGAGGAGAACUGGGCAGGGCAGAGGGAGCAGAAAGACGACGGACACUGCCCUUGCUGUGGAUGGGAGGGUGGAAAUCAUUAGGAACAGACCCUCAGAGAAAGCAGGAAGAAGGCAGACAUUUACUGCUGUCCCUGUCCCUUCCCACAUCUGGCUCAUGGGCCCUUGCUUCCUGGCUCUCCCAUGGGGCAGUCAGCUAGACGCUAAACCAAUCUCAGUUCCUCUCCAGAGCAAGGACUAUCAGGUGUCAACUCAUAGUGAGGCCUUAGGCAAGCCCUCUCUUCCCUUUCUGGGCCCAAAUUCUCCUAACCAUACAAAAAGGGGAGGCCCUGGGUGACCUCUAAGGGUCCUUUCAGUUCUGACCUUGCUAAUCCUAACUCUGGAUACUGCCUACCCGCUUCAUCCCCCAGGUUGUCUGCCUUCCCACUGCUGCCAUCUGGUGGCCUCCAGGCCCAGCUGCAUUUGGCUUUGACCAGGACCAGGUGCUCUUCGUGGAAUGUACCUACUUCAAAAGAGUGAAUCUUGCUUCUGCUUCAGAGUCCUGAAUCAACCUGUUACCUAUGUAGAAACAGUCAUAUCCAGCCCCACAGAGACCUCUGCUGGAAAGAGGAGAGAUAGAGCAUCUGACCUCCAGAGAGCUCAGGAGUUUUCAAAAGGCCGGAAGAGUUUAAUAAGUAUUGAAAAGACACAUGAGCCCAGUUCUAUGCUGGAUGCUUUAAUACAUCAUCUUACUUAAUCCUCAAACCAGCCAGGAAGGACGUCUUGAGGUUGGCAUACCCAUCAAGGACAGUAACUACCAUGGCUUCCAGAACUUUGGCAAAACCUCAGAUGUGUGGCCUCCUGGCCAGGCGUCUGUGGAUUCAUAUUGUUGGAGCAUUCAUCGUAUCCCUGGGAGUUGCAACUUUGUGUAAGUUUGGUGUACCUGAACCAAGAAAGAAGGCAUACGUAGAUUUCUACAGAAAUUAUGAUUCUAUGAAAGAUUUUGAGGAGAUGAGGAAGGCUGGCAUCUGUCAGAGUGCAAAGUGAUUUUGGAACAUAAAAGAAUUUCUUUGGGUUGAUAUACAUGGAAGUUUGUCACUGAGCUGAGUUCCUAAGCUAUGAAUAUGUGGGCUGAAGAAUAGUUUCUCUUGAUAAAUAAACCAUUAACAAAUACAAAAAAAAGAAAGAAAAUAAGUAGCUAUCUACUUUUGAAAGA